UCUUCUAGGUUAUCCAAUUUAUUGGCAGAUCAUGACUGGGAAAACCUAGAGGAAGAAUUGCGAUUGCUCAUUGAUGGGAAUUAUGAAGACACCGUGUCUUCGUUGCAAAUGGAUGAGGUGAGAAAACAAUUACAAAGUCUCUUCCAUGAAAAGAAACGGCUCCAUAAACCACAUGAUAAUGAAAAUAGCAAAUCGGACGUCAUAGAAAAUGGAGCCUUCCUAGAAUUACUGCAGCGUCUACGCCUAGAACAUUACUACCCAAAAAGGAUGAGCAAAGCUGACUUCCAUCUGAUCUACAAGACUUCUGUGUACAACACCCAGACUAGCUCUGAAUGUGAGCUUCCCUUCUAUUUUCUGCAGAAACUACUGAUGCUGGAUUAUGCGCUGAGAUACCUGGUCUGCAAAGAUGAUGGAAACACAGAGAAUCAUGUCUGUUCAAGAGCCUCAAAUCAGGAAAAUGAGCCUUUUGAUCCAUAGGAAGACUUUGUGGAAGACAGUGAUAGUCCCACUAAUCCUGCAGCCACAAAACCCAGGCCCCAUAUUCACCCUAUGGACAUUCAGAUGGCAGUACUUCACUGUGCAGAUGAUUUUGCCAGACAAUAUAUUUUGACCAAACUUUCCAUUUGUCAGUUUGCCCUCCCCCUUCUCAUACCUAACACAUUCGAGGCUUCAGUUACAGGAAAAUAUGAAGCCAUCAAGCAAGAAUUGGAGAAAUAUUUUAAUGAAGAUCCAGAUAGUGAAAUACUGGUUCAGUGGAAAGCAAAUUUUGAAAAUAAACUAAUAGUCCUUAAAGAAGCACUUAUUUCAGACAGCCAAAGAAAAGCCAAUGAACUUAUUAGUUUUAAAAAAAGUCAAGAAAAAUUGGAUAAACAAAAGUCAGCUUACAAAAAGGAAUUAUUGGGAAAAAGCCGAAAGUUGGCUUUAACUGUGAAGGGCAAAGAACUGAGUGAGGAAAAGCUAUAUCAGAAAUUUGAUCAACUUUGGAAAAAAUAGGUCUGUGCUGUGUCCUUAAUCACAGAGCCUAACAUUGAUGUGGAUUCUGAAGACAUCCUUUUGAAUUAUUUCAAACAGGAGAAAAACAUGGCGGACAUACUGAAGAAAUAUUCUGGAGAAAAGUUUCAAAUCAACUAUUUCAAACAUGUCAAAAUGACUAGGACAUUUACCUUCCUUACAAGGAAUUUAGAAAGCUGUGAUAAAGAGUCCAUAAAUAUGACUACUGAGCGCAUUAUUUCAAAAUUUGAUGAAACUCUUAAUAACAUUAGGAGGCAACGGUGUGAUUACAAUCCCAGUUAUUUCCAUGAAAUUCUGAGAAUAAUAGAUGAGGAGUUGAAAUCUGCACCUACUCAUGAAAGAUACAAAAUUACAAGUAACUAUAAAAUUGACUUAUCUUUAUGUUUAUUCCAAAGAGCAUCAGAGAAAUUUAAGGAGAUGCACAUGGCAUUCAAGAGAGCAAAUGAUCCUGUAAACUACCUGGAAAGCAAGAAAGAUGAUUUCUUCACGAGUUUUAAGAUUUCUUGUCAAGGAGCAACCUCAAUCAAAACAUUUGUCGAUUUUCUGUGGCAAAAACUCACUCCUGCUGUUUCCACCACCAUAUGGGAAAAAAUGUCCCGUAACAUUUCUGGAGACAUACGAGCUACCUGCCCCACAUUCAAUGGAAACAGGGCUAACCUGGAGAAACACAUUCUCAUCUCUCUAGCAGAAGAUGAAAAUUUUGAUAAUUACUGGCAUUACAUUCAUAAUCCAGAAUCAUUUUUUAGGAAUUACAUUAAAAACCAUGUUAAAAGAUAUUGUUCAGACAAAGGAAGUGAAAAAAUAAAGACUUUUUUAAAAAUAAGUUUAGGCGACAUCAAGAAUGCCAUCUUCUCAGCUAUUCAUGAAUCCACUGCAAUAGCUAAAGAUAAAAGCAGCACUGUGUCUACGUGGUUGGAUUUGUUCUGUGAUCACUUGGGCAGUGACUUGAUCUUCCCAUGAAAAGACCUGAUAAGCAUUGAACACCAGGAGAUUAAAGAUAUUGAGUUUCUCAAAGAAGCUAUGAGUGAAGCUUUGGAUCCCGCAAUGAAGAGAGCAGAACAGAACUAUUUGAGUAUGUCCACAGAAAAAAUGGCUCCUGAAAUCGAGAAAAUGCUCUCUGAACGUCUCUCUGGCUGCUGGAAACAGUGUCCCUUUUGUAAAGCUAUUUGUACAAACACACUCCCUACACAUGACGGAGACCACAGUGUUCCCCUCCACCGUCCUCAGGCUGUCAAUGGAUGGAGAUGGCAUAAAACAGACCACUUCACCACUGAGUGCUGUACUAGUCUGGUAGCAAGUGAUUGUGUUUUUAUUUUGGGAGGUGACCAGAGAUUCCCAUAUAAGAACUAUCGCCAGGCAGGAGGGGAGUAUGCCACAUGGAGCAUCACCCCGGACUCAUCCACCCAGCCAUAUUGGAAAUGGUUCGUCUGUCACUUCAGAUCAAAGCUAGAAGAAAAAUAUCAGAAAAAAUUUAUAGGUAAAGGUAAAAUCCCUGAUGCCUGGACCAAAAUCACACAGCAGAAUGUGCUUGAUGACUUGAAAAAACAAUAAUAUUCAAUGACCACAAAAGAGCACCAAUGUCUCAACAAAAACGUCACAGUACCUGAACAAUCCUAAAAUACCUGCUCCUCAUGAUGAGAAUCCUCAUUAUUUCCACUUUUCAAAUGACACAUCUAAAAAUAAAUCAAUUAACAUUUCAAGAGUUGAAGAUUUCCUGUGAAAGGAUUUCAUUUUUCUUUGCUUCUAUUCCUUCUGGUUUAAAAACAAAUUACUAAAAUAUAUGAACAUAUAAUAAAAUC